CGCGAGCGGGCAACACGUGCUUCGCUUCUCCGCUCCCGCGAGUACACGUGAUCGAGUGUUUGUUUCUCUGCUACGGCGUAUCGACAGCCUGCGCACUUACUUUAUUUUCUUCUCUUUUUCGCUGCACCGUGCAAACAUUCAAACACAUAAUGCCGAACGAUUGGCGCUCCACGAUAAUUCUGCUCGCCGCUGCAACAAUAGGCUAUGCCAUUAAAUGCGACCGCAGAAUAGCCAACACAACAAUACCCCGUUCUCCCCUUGAAAACAAAUUCCACAUCUUCGUGAGGAACUUCAACGAUUCCGAGCAUCUUCGCUCGUAUAUUCCCAGGACGAAGUACCUCGUAACCUUGGAGGGAACGGUCGAGGAUGGCAUCAAGGGGAAGUUCACGAGGUUCUUAAUUUCCACCGACAAUACAAAUGACACCUUGGACGGGGGUUCCUUCGAUAUUAUAAAUGGCACUAUGUUGGCGGAUUAUUCCCCAAGGUGUCCAAAAGCAGUCGUGGAGACGACGAAGGUUCCCAAGGAAGACGUUUCCGUCAUCUGGACAAGUCCUCCAGAAAAUAGUGGAUGCAUCAUUUUUAGAGCCACUGUGAUGGAAACAGCUGAUAUCUGGUACAUGGACGAGGGUGGUUUAGUUUUGACUCUUUGUCAAGACUCUAAAGUCGAAGAAGACGACCAAGGCCCGGUACUUCCUGAAUGCUGUGCCUGCGACGAAGCCAAGUACGAAGUCACCUUCGAAGGGCUCUGGUCAAGAAAUACCCACCCCAAGGACUUUCCAAGCAAAGGAUGGCUGAUUAAAUUCUCGGACGUGAUCGGAGCAUCUCACACCGUCGAUUAUCGAUUCUGGGAAUAUAAUGGAAUGGCUAGUGAAGGAUUGCAACAAGUCGCUGAAUAUGGCUUGACUCGCAGGCUGGAAUCGGAGCUGAAGAAUCAGAGCGAACAUAUCAGAACGAUUAUCAAAGCACGAGGUAUAAGUUAUCCUAAUGUAACCGGAAGGACUUUUGCUGUGUUUCGGGUCGAUCGUAGACAUCAUCUUAUGUCUCUGGUUUCCAUGUUAGAUCCUUCCCCGGAUUGGAUCGUGGGUGUCUCGGGUCUGGAAUUGUGCCUUGAAAAUUGCUCCUGGAUUGAGCACAAAGAGCUUAAUUUGUAUCCAUAUGAUGCGGGGACUGACGACGGGAUUACCUACAUGUCACCGGACUCUCCCUCGGACCCUAAGGAGCCGAUUAGAAGGAUCACCUCCACCUUUCCGAACGACGAAAGGGCACCUUUCUUCGACCCUACGGGACAAGACAUGAAACCUCUGGCAAAGCUGUACCUGAAUCGACAAAGAUUGUAUGAAAAGACUUGCGACGACGUCCCGACGGAAAUCAUCGACACAGGUGGUUCCCCACGUCCUGCAAAUGGCGAGAAACGACGCAGGCGUAAAGCGUGCAGAGUGUCGUCCUGGGGUCCUUGGGGUCCUUGUUCUGUGACUUGUGGAAAAGGGAACAAACUUCGGCAAAGGCGGUACCGAGACGAAGCAGCAGCCUUGACAAACGAGUGCAACACGACAUUGACGGACCGGGUGACAUGUUUCAGUGAAGAUCAACAAUGCGACACGAAGGGUCCCAGGACCACGGGGAUGCUGAACACCGACGCCUGCCUCCUGGAGGAGUGGAGUGCCUGGAGUUCUUGUUCCUCUUCCUGCGGCCCCGGGAGUAGGACUCGGUCCAGGAUCUUCCGGCACAAGAACUUCCGGAAGCACUGCAUGGCCGAGCCCCAUGGACCCUCUCUUCAGCAGACCGACGACUGCGACAAUAAUCCCUGUCCUGGGGAAUCCGGCGAGAAGGUAAGCGACGACCGGUCACGAGGACGACAGGAUAACCUCGAAUCCACCUCCGAGCUGGUGGACGAGAACGGUGACGAGAACGACGAAGAGGAGGACAGUGACUACGCGAUGGAGGACAUGUACCAGGACGAGAUGGAGGUAACCGAGGAAUGGUUGCAGAGGUGCACAAAAGGUCGCUAUACAGAGUGGUCCAUGUGGUCCCCGUGUUCGGCGAGUUGUGGUCCAGGAGUUAAGGUCAGGUCGAGGCUCGUUAAUACGAAUUUCGACUCCGAAGACGAGGACCACGCCGAAUGUAAAAUCCAACAGGCAGUUUGCAUUGCGGAGAUACCGACCUGCGACUUCACCAAAGAAGACGCGGAAAAAAUUUGCAGCGAGCCACAGGCGAGGGGAAGAUGCAACGGCAACUUCCUUCGGGCUUAUUUCGACAAGCAUACAGGACAAUGUCGGAGAUUCAGCUAUUCGGGAUGCGACGGGAACAAAAACAAUUUCCCUACUACGGAGGACUGCAAUCGCGUUUGCAAGAGCUACCAAAGAGAGCUUAAGGCUAACAUGUCGGCGAUAAUGAAAAAUUUCAAAGUCUCGGUGAGCAGCGUACUUAGCUACCAUAUUCCGGUUCAAGAGCAGAGAAGUACGAAGACCAAGCGAGCGAGACAUGCCGAUACCACUGAUGCUGUUGGGGAAAAUGCGAGUCCCCAGUUCAAUGGAAUUGAACUCGACAAUCAAGUAAAGGAAGCUUCUUCCGUGAAAGAUGCAACAAAGGUGGAUUGCGAAGUCUCGGAGUGGAGUAAAUGGUCAUCCUGUCAAGGCUGCCGAGGAUUUACCACUAGUACUCGAUCCAUUCUGGUGAAACCUCGCAACGGAGAGAAGAAUUGCCGGAAGAAGCUGUUGAGGAGAAGAAAGUGCCAUAAUAUCCCGCCAUGUUCGAAUCAAAGUACACAGCGAAGAAGUUUCCGCGAACGGAAGUCAUUGAUGACCCGUAGCGAAGUUGCCUCAGUGGACUGUGAAAUGUCACCGUGGACGCCGUGGUUCCGUUGCAACAAUUGCAAGGGCCAACAACAAUACAGAACCCGAAACAUCAAGUUGCCACCAAGUCGACUGGGAAAACGUUGUUCACAUAUUGUGGAGUUUAGACCUUGUACCGAAUUUCCUUGUAUGUAACGACUUGCCUAAUGUCCGGCACAAAAAUCAGAGGUUAUGACGCAUUGAAAAGUAUCAUAAAGAAGACCUCUUUGAUGCCACUUUUAUGAACGGUGUCGCUUAGUAUCCAUUCCUCGAGAAUGGGUACUUAGCGACUGGUUGUAAUAAGACUUACUGUAUUAACAAUAAAAACUGAGAUCAUUGCCAA